AUGGUGCUGAUCAACAACGUGAUCUCACCCCAAACAGGUAACAUUGCAGUUAGAUCUUGCGACAUCGUGUCCAAACGCGCAAUUAAGUACCUAGAGGUGAUAAUAGACGACAGACUCAGCUUUACGAGUCAUGUUUACUACGUGUGUAAGAGAGCGGCAAUGGCCACGGCCGCACUCACACGGAUGGUGUCGAGCUCUUCGGCAAUCCGCAGUAGUAAAAGGAGGAUACUGAGUUGUCGCAAUAUGCUGGAUACCGAAAAGUUCAGCAGUCGGACGAAGCACAUCGCCACAAAAUAUCACUUCGUUCGAGACGUCAAGCAGAAGAAGGAGAUCGACGUCGUAUAUUGCCCGACUGAAGACAUGGUAGCCGAUCUAUUGACGAAACCCCUUUCGGCUACACCACUCAAGAAGUUGGCGAUCGACGCUGGAUUAGAAUCAACCGAUCGAGGAAGAGUGUUGGAGUAG